ACGGGUUUGGGAGCAGAACGUGCAUUGUCCGUUUUAACAUGGCGCUUCACAGCGACAUGUGUGGAUGAUAACGUCGUAGCAAAAUCGUUUAUUGUGGUCUUAAUAACAGUGCUAAGUGUAAUUGAUUUGUCUUAUUUGAAGUUUUAAUUGUGAGCUUUGUUGUUCGUCUGUUACAUAACGGGUUUGUGGGCUUGUAUGUAGCGUUACGGCACAAGUACUGCAAUGGUGAAAACCCGUCGCAGUAAUGGAGAGAACGGGGAGGUUGACGAUGGGAAUUACACUGUAAACGACGUGGGAAGCGUCUCCGAUGAGAAGGCAUCCAACUGGUCCCAGCGUGAGUUACGUAGUAGUCAAUAUAAGGUGACAAGGAAAAUCCAGCGCUGGCCUACUAAAUAUAGCCGCAGGCGUCGUUCCAUCAAGAUGCCUCGUAUAGUUUUCCCUGAGAGUGAUACCGAACCAGAAAAAUAUUCCAGGAGAUCCAGGCAAGUGCGUGUCUUCUUUGCUGAUGACAACGCGUCGUCGAGCAGGAUACGUCGAAGUCGCGGUCCCAGAAAGAAUUACGUAGAAGACAGUGAGGAUAAACCCAUUCAAGAGAAUGUACGAAGAAGUUGCCGUAAGCGCAAGCUGCUCCACCACAGCUUCAAUGAGAGCUGGAUCACGAAUGAGCUGAAGGUCAAGGGGUAUCCGGACUUGUACGGGUUCCCAGGAUCCAGCUCCUCUGAUGAGUUCACUUCAGGAGAUGAGGGUAGAAGGGAUCGUGGCAAGAAAGUGGAGAUUACAAGUGAACAUGUUCCCACGAACACGGAUGAAGACACGCAGCUGUCCCGUCAAAGAAGGACGUCGGCCAGGUUCACUACCAAAAAGAAUGCAACAGAAACAGACUCGGACGAGGAGAACAAUCAGACUGUGAUUGAAAAGAAGCCUCUGCCGCCAGAGAGUAGCAAAGGAGAAGAGAAGAUGGAGACCGAGCCGGAUCCGGCGCAGGAGAUCAAGACUGAGCAAGAAGAAAAAGUGCACGAGGAAAAGGGAGAAAGCAAUCAAAGACCAAUACGAAGUCUGCGUACCACCAGAACGAGAAAUAAAGGCAGGGCUAAGAAAGAUGAUAGCCAACAAGAGACAGCAUCAGAAUCAUCGUCGACGGAAUCCGGCAGCGAGUUGACCCUGAGUCGUCAGCCGCGUCGCUCUAAGCGAACUCGCAAGCCGAAGCCUGCCUUCGUCCAGAUCGCUCAGGGGCAGACACGCGGGAGAGCUAAAACAUUUACAAUUAGAAAGAAGCCAUACUCACUUAGAGAAAGGAAACCUAAAAUCCUUCGCAGAAAGACUAUCAGGUCACAAUCGCCGUCUAGCAGCAGUAGUAGCAGCACAAGUUCCGACACGGAGGAGGACUUGAAUGUUUCUAUGAAAAACAAAACCAAGGGCAGGCAAAAGACUAAGGCGAACGAAGACAAAAAGGCAGACAGAGCUUUAAGAGAUAUUCAGCCUAUAGAAGUUGACGGCAGCGUGAGAUUUUCUUCGGUGGGUGGGCUAGAAGAACACAUAAAGUGCUUACGUGAAAUGGUGCUCUUUCCUCUUAUGUAUCCCAGCUUAUUCCAAAAAUUUAACACCCGGCCUGCCAAAGGGGUGCUAUUCCACGGACCUCCGGGGACUGGCAAGACGUUGUUAGCCCGGGCUCUGGCUAACGAGUGUAGCCUCGUGGGGGGGAGGAAGGUAGCCUUCUUCAUGAGGAAGGGAGCGGAUUGUCUGAAGAAAUGGGUCGGUGAGAGCGAAAGGCACCUCAAACUGCUAUUUCAACAGGCCAACAAAAUGAAGCCGUCCAUAAUCUUCUUCGACGAGAUCGAUGCUCUAGCGCCGGUCCGCAGUGUGAGACAAGAACAAGUUCAUACUAGCGUGGUUGGCACUUUACUGGCCGAAAUGGACGGCUUGUGUGACAGAGGUGAAGUUAUAAUAAUCGGCGCUACAAACCGCCUGGACGCCGUAGACCCAGCGUUGCGCCGCGCCGGCCGUUUCGACAGAGAGCUGCACUUCCCGCCGCCGCACGCCGCCGCCCGGAGGGACAUCCUGAACAUCUACACCAAGGACUGGCGGCCGCGCCUGCCCGACUCUGUGCUGGAACAUGUGGCCGAACUCACCGCUGGCUAUGGAGGUUCCGACCUUAAGGCGUUGUGUUCUGAAGCGGUACUGAAAGCGUUAAGAAGAGUAUAUCCCCAAGUGUAUGAAAGUGAACAUGCAUUGCUUAUUGAUGCGAAGAAUGUGGAAGUGAGCGAGUGCGACCUGCUGGCGGGCAUGGGCGCGCUGGUGUCGGCGGGCGCCCGCAGCGCGCCGCCCGCCGCGCGCCGCCUGCCCGCGCGCCUGCCGCCGCUGCUGCAGCCGCAGCUGCGCGCCGCCGCCGCCGCCGCCGCCAUGUGCGCGCGCAAUUCAUCCGACGCUUUAUCACCUAGCGUUCUCCUUAUUUGCGGCGAAUGUUCGGACUCAAUACUGGCGCCGGCCGUGCUAUGGCAAAUGGAGGGCGUGUGUGUGCGGGAACUGAGCGUGUGCGCGUUACACGCCGCGCACACGUUCACCGUGGAGCAAGCGCUCAUAUCGUUAUUCUCCGAGUGCCGCCGGGCGGACUCCGGCUGCGUGCUGUUCGUUCGCGACGUAGUGGCAGUGUGGUCUGCCCUGGGCCCAGCGGGGGGGAUGCUUUUCAAGCAGUUGUGGCGAGCCCGAGCCGCCGGGGAACGAACCCUGCUACUGGCUACCGCGACUGCGCCGCAGCACUUACCCCUAGAGCUUCAAGAUAUGUUCCCGAUGUACAAAGACUGCAUUUACCAAAUACGCGAGCCCCACGUGGCGGAAGUGAUAGCGUUUUUAAAACCGCUCCUAGCAGACGCCAUGUUGCCGCCGCCGCCUGUCGAGAACGCAGAGCCACCUCCGCCUUUACCAAGAGCUCCACCCCCGCCCCCACCUCGCGAAAGCGAGGAAGAGAUAUCCCGUCGCAAGCGCAAGGAAGAUUACAAACUGCGAGAACUGAGGAUAUUCCUCCGCGACAUCUGUAGGAAACUGGCGUCCAACCGCCGCUUCUAUAAGUUCACUAAACCUGUGGACCUUGAAGAGGUGACAGACUACUUGGACAUUAUCAAGAUGCCGAUGGACCUUGAGACGAUGAUGACCAAAGUGGACAUGCACAAGUAUAACUGCGCGAAGGAGUUCCUAGACGACAUAGACCUCAUUUGUGCGAACGCUUUAGAGUAUAAUCCAGAUAGAACAUCAUCGGACAAGCAAAUACGUCACGAGGCGUGCUCGCUGCGGGACCACGCGCACGCGCUCAUCGACGUGGAAAUGGACAGCGAUUUCGAACUGGAGUGCCAAGAGAUUGCCAAGAAGAGGCGGGAGGAGGGCGACAUGGCGGACAAUGAUCUUCCUGAUUUUAUAUAUACCGCUUCUAACUUACGCGUAGAUUCGUCAGUGACGGACGGUAAGAACAUGAGAACGCCGCAGAACGGCGACAAGAGCGAGUCUCAGUCCGUGAAGCGCAAGCGGCGGCGGAUGAACGCCUGGUCCAAGGGAUUGGUCGUCAAACGGCAGAAAACUUCGCAAAAGACCUACAAAGACCCAAGCAUGGCGAUAACGGACGAGGAGUCCAAAGAGAACAAACCGAUCACGUCCACCCCGCUGCCCAACGGCGACGCGUCUUCAUCGUCUGGUUCCGAUGACGACGCUCCAUUGCGCAGGCCGCAGGACGAUUCGGACGCUAUCUUCAACAUCACCGCGCAAUCUACUGUGAACAACCACGUACUCGAAAGUCCGACCAAAUCGACCGAGAAACCUACAAAGACGUCACCAAAGAAACGGAAUUCCGGCCACGAAGCAACGAGUGGUGAAGCCGAUAAAGUACUGAUAAACAAGACUGAGUUAGAAAACGUUGUAUAUAAGAACGCGAAGGCGCUACGUUUGAUUGGGCUCGAGGCACUAAUUGACCUUUACUCACAACUCAGUCAAACAAUAAACUCUUAUGCGGACAAAUACGACCGAAUGAAACUGCCACAGGAACUGAACACCAUAGUCUAUAGAUAUUUACAAGUAACGAGGAAAUGAAUGGGACGAGAGGGCGGUAUGUGUUCCAAUUUUGAAAUUCAUUUUACUUACGUGUUUCAUUUGAAACUGGCCAGUAUUAAUUAGAAAGGUAAAAUAAAAAAGUUCAGCAAUGUUUCUUUUAGGCCAGUAAGUGUAGUUGAAACAUAAUAAGUUAGAUUAUUAAAUGCGGUCGAGGAUAUCGAAUAAUUACGAUAGCGGCGGAAAAGGAGCGAAUAAAAUAUAAGAUUAGUCUUCUUUAAUGUAUUUUUAACGAAUAUUCUAAACUUAUCGACUUCUAAAGGCGACUGAAUUUACGUCCGUAACAUGAAGUUUUCAUUUAAAAUGGUUGCGUUUUGUACUUUAUAAAAAAUAUAAUUUUAUUAAUUAAUUUGUCUUUGAAGCAUGACUGAUACAAUAAUAAAUGAAUGAUAGAGACAAUUUGCUUAAGCUUCCUAUAUUUAAAUACACACAUCCCUUAAUUAUUAAAUGAAUUAAGUAAAUGAUUUAUAUAAACUGAAUGGUUUAAUCAGCCAUUUCGUUUCGUACUUAUUGGGAACUUGAGUAAUGGACGUCUCGUAUUUAGACAAUUUUUUAAUUUGAAUAUAAUAUUAAGUAACAUUGAGUUUACGAUUAUGCGUGUGUAGAAUAAUGACGAAUGUUUGUUAAAACAAUAUAAAAUUGUCAUGUUGAAUACUCGACAAAUAACGUUAGACAAAACAAAAAUUAUAAGAUGAAUGUUAUCAUUUGUAUUUGGUUUAACAUACAUACAUAUAAUCACGUCUAUAUCCCUUGCGGAGUAGAUACUGACGUUCAGCUGUAUGGCUUAGUGAUGGAAUUGAGAUAUAAAUAGUGACAGGUUGGCUAAUCCAUCGCCUACAAGAAGAAUCCUUUACCUUUUCCCUUAGUCGCUUUUACGACAUUUUUGGGAAAGACAUAGAGUGGUCCUAUUCUAAAGUGCGGGGAACCACAAGGGCACUGUUUUUGUAUAAAAUUAUUGUUUUGGUUUAAAAUUUAUUCAUAUCACAAAAUACAAUAAUAGUAAUUUGAUCACUGCCUGGCUUACGAUUAGCUAAAAUUUAUAUUGGUUUAAGUCACUUAGACGGUAAGUAUUAUAAAUCACGCUAAACGAUGUUGUGAAUUAGCCUGAACUAAUAGAAGUAACCUUCUAAUUCAAACGUAUUUUAAGCGUAGACACUAAGUUCUCUUGCUGUCUCUGUCAGACGAUUAUGUUGCGAGAAAAAGACAGCACGAAAACUUAUUAUUGUGAUUAAGAUGAUUUCAUAAAACGUACUAACAUUUCUAUAUCUUGGUUGUGUCCAUACGCAAAACCCAGUAAAUAUUACUUAUAUGACAUGCUAGUAAUGCCAUUUAAAGCUCUUAAUAAUCGAGCUGUACGAAAAUUUAAGUAACUCUUUAAAGACGAGAAACAAAACAUCACAAAGUAUUUCUCAUGGAAUUCGAACCUGUGACAAGGAAAAUAUUGAUACCACAUGACCGCGGGCGGGGUUAUUAUAAUUAUCAUAGAUUGCAAUUAAUAUAUUCGCCACAAUUUUACCUUAAUUAGACUAUCUGCAUAAAAACGCCAUACAUAGCAGGUAAUUAGGUUUAUUAAUUGAAUCAAAUUUAAUUUGCCGAUAGAUCGCACAGAUAACAUAUUAACUGUCUCCAGUAGAUUGCAUUUAAAUAUUCAAAUCGCAAGUAUUUAUUAGUUUUGCAUAAGUUUAACUUGAAUUGCUCUUGUAAACGUAUCAGUUUGAGUGACUGGAACAAUUAUAUAAUAAACGGUAAACGUACAUAGGUUUAUUACUACCAUAUUAAAUUAUUUUUUACCGAAAAUUAAAUAAACUAUUAUAUUUACUAUGGAACUAAGUGGAAUUUUGUGUUAAAAAAUUAUAUACAUUUGAUAUGAAGGUGUACGAUCUAACGCUACUUUUGGUGCAAAAGUUUGCUAUACUUAAUGCAAAGAGUGGGAAAAAAGUAUUUUGGAAAACAUAAGUCAAUCAUACACCUACGUUUGUGUCUUAACAUGAAACAUGUUCGCGACAUCAAAUGCAUACAUUUUAUGGUCUAUUUUUUUGCACUUAUGUCAAAGUUAUCGUUCUAUCUAGCAUGGCGCGCGCGAUCUCGUUUUAUCGCGCGAUAAACGAUCGCUGUUUCGCUUUUUAUUGUGACGGGAAAGCGAUAGUUUAUUGCGCGAUAGAAACGACGUCGCACGUGCCGUGCUAGCCCCGCGGAUGCUGCAGAGAUCAAGCUAUAUUUUAGAAUCUUUAGAUAUAUCGCUUUUUUUUUGGUAAAACUUGAAUUACUUAAUCCUAGUCUAAAGUAAACUCAAUUAAAUCGCAUGAAAUACGUUUGAACUUUAUUGCGGUGAAAUUAGGUUGAAUUUUUGUGUUUUUAAAAGUUAACAUAGAAAAUCAGAUUAGUGUUCUAUAUUUGAUUUGGUUAUUCUAAAAAGAAAAUACAUAUUUUCACUAUGUUGAAAUAGCUGUUUUGUGUUAAAUUAUCAGAUUAAAUAUAUCGUCAUCAUGUAAUAUGGUAAUUAUUUAUAUCAUAGCCUUAAACCGAGUUGUAAUCCAAUACCAUUCCUAAUUAGCCAAAUUGCGAAUGAGAAAUAUUUAUAACAGUAAUUAGAUGUUAAAUAUUAGAUAGUCUUUCCAUUGCAUGCUUAGAAAUAUAAAAAAAAAAAAUAGAGGAAAAUAGACAUUUAUUUUUAUACUUAACAAUAACCGGCAAAUGUUUAAAGUAAAGAUUGAACGUAUUUAUUUGAUCGUGAAACUUUAAUUACUUUUAUUUCUGUAUGCAAUGGAGAGAAAUAAAGUCGGUUGCAUACCAAGAGCUAAGUUAGAAUUUGAUUCUCCGCCUCGGCAUCUUCGCUUUUAAUGUUGCCACGCCCUUACAAUCACAUUGUAAAUUUUUAUAAGAGUAUGAAUACAGCUUCGCCAAUACUUUGUCUUGUCAGCUUUAUGUUUUCACAGUAUUUCUAAGUCAUUUCUCUCUUGAUACAGUGUAGCAGUUGUAAAUCGGGUGUGUGUGAUAAGUUCUUCGUAAGUAGUACGGUACCAUUGUUUUAUAAUCCUUUAUUAUAAAUAUUAAUAAUAUAUAGAAACAAAAUAAGUAUGCAGUGAUUGUUGCAAGUGGAAAUUUAAUUAUUUGCCUACCCCUCCGAGAUAGAGGCGGGAUUUUAUAUAUGUAAUACUUUAACAGGGCUGCUUUGAGCUUUAAAAAUACGUGGAUGGAACAAAUAAUUGAAAUUGCAAUCCUCUUGGAGUGCAACCGUUUUAGUACCGGUUGUUAACCAGCCCUCUGGACUGUGAUAUGUAGAAAAGAUGUAGUGUGUAUAAAUUUGUUUACACAUUUUGUCAAGUGCAUGUUAAAUAAAACUGAUUCAAGCAUUUAUUUUUGUUCAUUGGAAAAUUCAAUGCAUAUGAUUGAGCGAUAAAAAGAUAAGAUUUAAUUACAAAAUUUGAUCAAUCUCAUAUAUUUUCCAAAGAAUUCGUUUGUUUAUAUGAUACAAUUUGGCUUGUUAGGCGUGCCACCCUAAUUUUACAAUUGUAUAAUGAAGAAAAGGUAUGGCUUACCUCUAAUGUACAUUAAUAUAUUUGAGUUUUUAUAAAUGUAACAGUAUUUUCCAAAGUUUGUAUUUCGUUGCACGUUCUUUUCACGAAAAAUAAAGGUUGAGCGAAGUAAAUUGUUGUAAGUUAACACUAUUUAUCGUAGUAUAAGAUUGUAUAUUAAAUAACAUUAUAAUUUAAAUGAUGUGAAUUUAGGAGGCGAUACUGUGAAUACAAUUAAAUUAUUAUUAAAUCCGUUCAAAUGUUUCAGUGGAAAUCGUACUUAAGUGACUUUUACUUGAUAUGCGACUUGACUAAACAAUUGCUUUAAAAUAAUACUAAUCAAUCACUCAUAUACUAUAUAAGUCGUUAAAUAUCAAUAGUGUUGUGUGCGAGUCGUAAAUUCGUAAAACAACGUAGGAUAAGUAGUCACUUUCCACAGUGGUGAGGGGCUUUUCAUCAAUUUCGAUAUCGCACGUCCACGUUGACAUAAUCGAAAUCGAACAGAGAAAAAAAGAGAGUGAGUAAGAAAAUGUGGGACUAUUUUUUUCAUGGGAUUUAUUUUGGUACUACUUUUUCCAUUCAAAAUAAGGUUCAGUGAUAAAAAAGAUAGCAUAUUUAAAUAUAAACAUUAUAAGGUUUUUACUUUGGGCCAGAGAAACCAUACUUUUUUUUUAUUUCAACAUAGGUAUUUCUUGCAGACUCGAAUCGUAAUUUUAGCUGUUAUAUGUGUAUAUUAUAUAUACCUACUAUUUAUUAUUAAAUACUGAUACAAAACCGUGUGAUAUUGAUGGAAUAUAUGCAACUGUAUAGUGGUUAUUGCGAAAAUAGUUACCUCGAUCCAAAAUAGAAUUAAAUUCUAUGCCAUAGAAGUGAUGAAUCGUUUGUAGGCCGUUUACACGACAUCAUUUUUUAAAACUGUCAUAUAUGGGCCUUAUUUGGUAUUUAAACGAAUUUUUUACGAGCGAUAGAAAUAAGAAAUGACAUAAUGUUAUUACAGUUUGUUGUAAAGGUGAAUACAGAUCUGGUUGCGUUGCUCGCACCGCAUUCGUAUUAUUUUAUACUAGCCGUUGCCCGCAACUUCGUUGGGACUUAAAAUUCACUGAAAAAUCGGACCCUGUAUUGUCACUUAGAGGGGUAGGGGGAUAAUUUUUGUAUACCAGUUUUUAAGUGGGACCAAGCCUAACACAUCUGAGAAAAUCGUGUUCAAAUUGGAUACUGCCUAUCCAAAAGCGAACAUUGCGGAGCGUGCGGGGCGGCUCAGUCUGCGAUCACCUUAAGAAAAAAUUGUUAACAGUGUUUUAAUAAUCUGAUCAAUACGGAAAAUAAUGUGAUAAAAUUAUGCCCGUUUGACAGAUUAAUAGUUUGAUGACAUUAGCAUAAUUAUUUUGUCAGUUUUGUUUAGUGUUGUCGUGUUACGAACUAUACUCUGAAUAUUUGGUUACGUUAUAAUUUGUACUGUGUAAAAUAAAAUAUGCUUGCAUUUGCUCAAUUGGAGUGUGCGACGGUAUUUCUUGUAAGCACUCAUUAUCCACCGGUUAGUGUGUAAUUUUUGUAUUUAUAAUAUUGUAUUUAAUUAACGGAAAAUAAAAGGGUACGAUUUCAUGUGAUAUCAA